AUGGCGGACGCUAUCUGGGCCAAGUUCCUGGGCUUCGCUCGGUGGGUGAUCGAUUUAUUGAGACCAUGGCGACACUCGCACACUGUGCAAGCUGAACGGAUCCAAGAGAUCAUUCAAUGUCUCCAGCAAGACCGGGCGGGCGACUUGCGGCAACGCCUGUUCGGACCUCUUCGCCUGCUCGUGCCAGAAUCCACCGUUGAACGAGGAUACAGAAUCGUGACCAAAACCUUUGGGCGGCUCGAGGGUACCAGCGCCCCGGCUAUCAGCAAUGGGUGGUGGACUUCUUCGAUCGGGAUCCCCUUACGGUUCCAGCGAGCGGAGAUUGGCUUCCGUUUGACAAUGACCCCCGGCGGCAGUCUUCUCGGUCUGCGGUUUCUCCCGCUCCAUGAGAUUGGGCUGGGAGAGGGGUGGCAACCGCCAUCCUACGUGAACAGUGAGGUUGUCGAGUCUGAGAUUACCCUUGGGAAGGGGGAGUUUCAAGUCGGGGGAACACUGUGUCUACCUUCUGCGCAAGCUAAUCCGUCGAGAUCGAGAUCUCCAUGCCUCAUUUUCGUUGCCGGUUCAGGCCCGAUUGACCGGCACUCGACAGUGCUGGAGAACAAGCCCCUUCAGGAUCUGGCGUGGGGAUUGGCAUGUCGCGGUAUCGCCUCCAUCCGAUUUGACAAGGUGACACACACGCAUCCAAAGAGGUUUCGCGCCCGGAAGAAUGUGACUUUGACGGAUGAGUACGUUGAAUACGUGGCGGAUGCGCUGUUCCACGCCCACAGACACCCCGACGUUCUCCCAGACAAAGUCUUUCUUGUGGGACACAGCCAAGAGCCUAUAUAUUGGUCAUUCGUCAGGCAGCAGCGGUAUCUUCAGUCACUUGAUGGGCCGGAAGCGCCGUAUCUGGACAGAAAGAUCGAGCAAGCGCAGAAGCAGGCCGAACUGGCGGAUAGCGAGUCUCUCAGUUUAUCAACGCCCGCGAACCAACUGCCGUUUGGUCUUGGCCCGGCAUAUUGGCUCGACUACCGCAAGUUCGAUCCGAUCGGAACUGCGACGGGUCUCGAGAAGCCAAUUCUUAUCCUACAAGGUGGCAGAGACUAUCAGACCACGGUAAAUGAGGACUAUGAGCGGUGGCAGUCGGCUCUGCGGGGCAAGGAGAAUGUCCAGUUCCGGCUGUAUGAACGGCUGAACCAUCUGUUCAUUGCCGGGGACGGGCCGUCGACGCCACUGGAGUACCUGGUUCCAGGGAAUGUGCACGAGCAGGUGCUCCACGACAUUGCCACGUGGGUAUGCCAGUGA